AUGGCCUACAGCUGCUGCUCUGGAAAUUUCUCCUCCCGCUCCCUUAGGAGCUGCCUGCCCUCCUCAGGAUCCUGCCUUGCCUCUUCCUACCCCAGCAACCUGGUCUACACCACUACCAGCUGCUCUCCCAGCACCUGCCAGCUUGGAUCCUCUCUGAACAGUGGCUGCCAGGAGACCUGCGUCGAGCCCACCAGCUGCCAGAGGUCCUGCGUGGUGUCCAGCCCCUGCCAGAAGCCCUGCUACUACCCCAGGAGCUACACACCCUGCAGUCCCUGCCAGGGGACAUAUGCUGGCUCCCUGAGCUUUGGGUCCAGAAGCUGCAGUUCCCUGGGUUAUGGAUCUAGAAUCUGCUACCCAGUGAGCUGUGGAAGCAGUGGCUUCAGAUCCCUGAAUUGUGGAGUCUAUGACUUCCCUUCCCUGGGUUAUGGGUCUAGAACCUACUACCCAGUGUAUGUGGAUUCUACACGAUUUCAACCUUCUUGUUAUACAUCAAUCUGUGGCACUGGCUUCUAGAAAUUAAACAGUUAGGUCUCUGUAUUCUUACAAUAUCAAAAUCGAAUUCUAUACAUCCUGUAGACAUGUUUACUCAUUAUCUUCUAUCAUUUUUCCUUUGUCUUUCCACUAAUGAUUUUUUUUCCUCUUCUACUUCUGUUAGAAUAUUAGAUUAUUGUGCAUUCCCUAUUAGGCCUCAAAUAUUAUGCUAUUGAAAUCAGCUAUUUCAUGUUCAAUCCAUCCUACUUGAAAACUGAAAUUUUAAUCCAAUAAAUUUGCGCAAUCUGAACCCUCAA